AUGUUGCGACCCCAAGCAAACGCUACUCGCGAGCUCCUAUCGCUCGAUGGCGUUUGGAACUUUCAACUGGUAGCCUCGGCAGAUGUUGAAUCUGAGGCGCCCUGGGAAAACGUCAUCCCAUCAAGACUACAAGUGCCUGUCCCGGCCAGCUACAAUGAUAUCUUCUCAGAUGACGGCAUCAAGGACCAUGUCGGAUGGGUGACGUACCAGCGUUUCGUGACAGUCCCUCGUGGAUGGGCUGGCACUCGAAUCUUUAUCCGUCUCGAUGCCGCUACACACCAGGGGCGGGUUUACAUCAACGACACCUUUGUCACUGAGCACGUUGGAGGAUACACUCCCUUCGAGGCCAAUAUAACUCAUCUUGUUUCCGCCGGUGAGAAGGUCCGGCUCACAAUCUUGGUCAAUAACGAGCUUACCUGGGACACUAUACCGCCUGGCAGAAUCGAGGUUUUGGAAAACGGCAAACGCAAGCAGAACUACCAGCAUGAUUUCUUUAACUACGCUGGCCUGGCUCGUUCCGUCUGGCUAUAUUCAACACCCGAGCUGGCUAUCAGUGACGUGGCUGUGACUGCAGACCUAGUCGAAAGCGAAACGGGCAUUGUCAACUUCGAGAUUGAGUCAAGCCAGCCACUACCUGAGAACAGUUUCAGGGUCUCGUUAGUGAACGAGGAUGAAGUAGUAGUAGCACAAGUGACUGGGAAAAAAGGUCAAUUGACCAUCAAAUCCGUGACACCAUGGGCACCUGGUGCGGCCUAUCUCUAUCGACUGCGUGCAGAAAUCAUUCCCGAAGAGGCUGCGGCCGACAUUAUCGAUGUCUACGAACUUAGUGUUGGAAUCCGCUCAAUCAAGGUUAAAGGCAACAAGUUUUACAUCAACGAAAAGCCUUUCUACUUCACAGGCUUCGGUAAACACGAGGAUUCUCCCGUGCGAGGAAGGGGGCAUGAUGCGGCAUUCAUGAUCCAUGAUUAUCGCCUGAUGAAAUGGAUGGGCGCAAAUUCCUUCCGUACCUCUCACUACCCCUAUGCGGAGGAGGUACUUGACUAUGCCGACCGACAUGGUGUGGUCGUCAUCGAUGAGACAGCUGCGGUUGGUCUUCACUUGGGUAUCAAUGGCGGUAUCUUUGGUGGUAAACAGCCUCCUACCUUCUCCCCCGACACGAUCAACGAGAGAACUCGAGAAGCACAUGCUCAGAAUAUCCGAGAGCUUAUUGCGCGAGAUAAACAUCAUCCAUCGGUUGUCAUGUGGUCGCUUACCAACGAACCAGCUGCUAGUGAGGAGGGAGCGCGCCAGUACUUCGAGCCUUUGGUAGCCUUGGCCCGACAACUUGAUCCUCAUCGACCCAUGUGCUACUCGAACAUGAUCCAUUCCAGCCCUGAUGCGGAUCGCAUUGCAGAUCUGUUUGAUGUGGUAGGUAUCAACCGAUAUUACGGCUGGUAUACCCAAACUGGAGACCUUGAGGCUGCAGAGAUCAUGCUAGAGAAGGAGCUUCGUGGAUGGGCAGCUAAAUAUGGCCAGCCACUCAUCAUGACUGAAUAUGGCACAGACACUGUGGCUGGACUGCACGCCGUCGGCGAUUUACCGUGGAGCGAGGAGUACCAAUGCCGCUUCUUGGAGAUGUACCACCGUGUGUUUGACCGUGUCGAUAGUGUUGUAGGAGAGCAUGUUUGGAAUUUUGCAGACUUCCAGUGCCCCCCUAGGAUAGUGAGGGUCGACGGGAACAAGAAGGGCGUAUUCACGCGGGACCGGAAGCCCAAGGGUGCCGCCCACCUGCUGAGGACACGCUGGACAGGGGAGAAGUCUCAAACCCACGGCGAUUGA